AUGGAUAUUAAAUGUGAAAAAGGAAUUUGUUAUGAAUGUAAUGGUCGUCCUAAUUGGAUAUUGAAGGAUAAUGUAUAUGGAAGUAGAACAUCUUCAAAUCUAUCUUAAAAUGAUCUUGUAUAUAAGGUAUAUAUUAUAAUUGUUAGUCUCUAGAAUGGAUAUUAGAUAGUGAUAAUCUAUGUAUUUAAGAAAGUAGUGAACAAAGCCUAAAUACAUGUAUUCAUAUUACCCAUCUUAAUAAUUAGACUUCAACUAAUUAUUUAUCAAAUACAGGUUUAUUUUUAGAUGGGAUGGAUUAUAGAGUAUUUUAUGGUCCUUGCAAAAAAAUAUCAUUUGUAACAAAAGCUUAAUGUACUUAUUCUGAUUAUGUCUUACAAUCAGAUUGCAUUCAUAGAAUAGUUUAUGCCGAUGGAAUACAUAAACUAAAACUUGUACUUUAAAUACAUAUUCCAGAAUAACAACAUAAAAUAUUUGCAUAACAGUUGUAAAUUAUUCCUGGAACUUCAAUAACAAUAAAUUUCAAGCUUUGAAAAGUUGUAAUGAUCUGAAAUUUAAGGCUAUUGCAGUUGGAUGUGCUGUAUAAAGUUUAUCAUGUGUUGGUUAUGAAGGAGGUAAUUGAAUUACUAUUUCAACUAUUUCUUCCACUUGCAAUAAUUAAAAUCAAUAAAUAAAUUGUUCUUAAUUUAUUAGUGGUUAAGGCCUCUAUGUUUGGAAUAACUCUAAUUAUCCAUUUUCACUAUUAUAAUACUGUAAUUAAAUAACUGAUGCAACUAUUUGUGGAAAUUGGUUGAAUUA